AUGCACACUCCAACCUUCCAAACCCAACCCCCUUCCACAGCCUUCACCCGCCUCUCCUACCCCGCGCCGAACGUUUUACUCGUAACACUCUCCCGCCCACGGCAACUCAAUUGCAUCAAUGGGGCCGGACAGCAAGAACUGCAUCAAGUUUGGGUUUGGAUGGAUGCAGAGCCGUCGCUGCGUAUUGGUAUAAUUACAGGCGAAGGGAGAGCCUUCUGCGCGGGCGCCGAUCUUAAAGAAUGGGACCAAAUAGCAUCAUCUUCUGGCCCCAGACCCAAUCGCAGACUCAACACUUCAGGCUUCGGCGGUCUCUCUCGCCGUCGCGGUAAAAAGCCCAUCGUUGCAGCUGUCAAUGGUAUCGCGCAUGGCGGUGGCUGCGAGAUGAUAGCAAAUUGCGACAUCGUACUCGCUUCCCCAAGCGCGGUUUUUGCACUGCCAGAGGUCAAACGCGGCGUCGUUGCGAUAGCGGGUGCACUACCCAGGCUAGCGAGAGCAAUUGGCAGGAUGCGGGCUAUGGAGAUGGCCUUGACCGGGAGGAACGUCGGCGCCGAGGAAGCGAAGGCAUGGGGACUUUGUAAUGCGAUUUGUCAGAAGGAUGGAGACGGAUUGGCGGUGGAGGGAGGAGUGGUGCAAUUGGCUGUCCAGUGGGCGGAUGAAAUCGGAAAGUAUAGUCCUGACAGCGUGAUUGUAAGCAAGGAAGGGGUAGAGUUGGGAUGGGAAGGUAUAGGGGUAGAAGAGGGCAGCCAGAGGUUGAUCGAUGGGUUGUGGAAGAGAAUCGAAGGGGGAGAAAACAUGACGGAAGGUAUUAGAGCGUUUGUGGAGAAAAGGAACGCGAGGUGGGUCGAUAGCAAGCUUUGA